UUUUUGCGGGGCCACCGGGCACAGCUUCGCGAUCCGGCCGCCAGUUGGUAACAGGACCAGGAAGAGAGAAAGGCGGUCGGGCCUCGCACAGGCAGGGUAGGCACGGGUAGAGUGCCCUUCUAGUACACUGUAGCAGGGGCGGUACCGGCGGCACACCACGACACACGGACGUCUCAGACGCACCGAAACAGGAACCGAACCCGAGCUGCGACUCCUGCGCCGGCAUGGCAUCGACAUCAACGCAGUAUGAAAGGCUGAAGAUGGCAGCCUGCGACCAGGGCUUGUUUCUGAUACAGGAAGUAAUCGGGCGCUUCAAGCGAGUGGAGAGCAUUCUAGCCAUCGUCGGCCUCUUUUACGUGGGCAAGACAGCCACCGCCGUCAGCUUGCGCCUCAUCGAGGGCAUCCGAGUGUUUGUGCUGUCGCAGUUUCGAUGGCACGACCUGACGCGCUACGGCCAGUGGGCAGUUGUCACUGGAGGCACAGAUGGCAUUGGAAAGCAGUAUGCGCGACAGUUGGCGAAAAGGGGACUGAACAUAAUUUUGAUCAGCAGGAACAUGGAAAAACUUCAAGCUACUGCUCAGGAACUUGAAUUUGAUUUCCGCGUGCGAACCCAGAUCAUUCAGGCCGACCUCAGCGAAGGGCGGCACAUCUACCCAGAAAUAGCGAAGCAGCUGGAAGGCAAGGAAAUCGGCAUACUAAUAAACAACGCUGGAGUGAUGUACGACUCUCCCAGCCUGUUCCUCAAUGUUCCAGAAAAGAAACUUGUAGAAAGUGUCAACAUCAACAUGAUGGCUGUCAUGAUGAUGACGUACAUCGUCAUGCCGCAGAUGGUCGCAAGGAAAAAGGGGCUUAUUGUCAACAUCUCGUCUAUUUCAUCAUUUUACCCACUUCCUUUGAUGGCUAUUUACUCUGCUUCAAAGGUAUUUGUGGACUGGUUCUCCAUGGCACUCGACUACGAGUACCGGGACAAAGGCAUCAUCGUGCAGAGCCUGAUCCCUUCGUACAUCUCGACGAAGCUGGUGCGCUUCAGCAACUUUCUGAGCACGCCCAGCAUCAUCGUUCCAGACGCAGAGACAUUUGUUAAAAGCUCUCUGCAGACAAUCGGUAGCAGCAAGAGGACCACGGGCUUCUGGACACAUGGCUUACAGUACUGGACAUAUGAGCACAUGCCACAGUGGGUGUGGAACUUGACCUCCUGGUAUAUGUUCAAGACCAUUGACAACACACCAAAGCCAAAGUCUGCAUGAGCGCAUCGCAGGGGCCGCGCUGGCAGUCGUCAGCUGCCCGUCCUCGAGUGGUAAUGAGAUCUACGCUUGCGUCCUAACGAACUCUACUGGUGGCCUUUGUGUGGGACGAUCAACGGCCGUUUUAACAUCAUGCGGACAGCAGUGAUCGACCAUGUGCUCCAUUUCGUAGGUGCUGGGGACGGACUCUCAGCUGUGGACAAGGAACUGCUUAACUAAAGAGUCGUGUCGCAACAUUCUUUGCCAACAUUUUGGCAAGUCAUGCUCAUUAACCCGCAUUUGACUGCCUAUAACAAGCCUUCAGAGAUUUGAACUGUUUAUUACUGAGAUACAGUAUUAUUCUGUGGCAGCCGAAUCUCCCUAAGCCAACUUGGCUAUUCCUAUUUUGGUAAUGGCAGUAAGCCUAGCAGCAGGCAAGGUUAGAACAACUUUAUUUGAAUAUUUGAUUUUCGUUGCAAACAUUAUUUUGAUGACUUAACACUUCUAGCUAUGCCUUUGUGGCGAUUCGUGUUCUUAUAGCAAGCCUUGCCAAAUGGCACCUUUUCCAAUUCUGCUAAUGCAAUAUAUACUGCCAGUACUUCAACAAGGCCCAAUCUGCAUCUCAUGGCAAGCACAAGCCUUCAGACAGUUGCCGAAAUCAAGAAUUUAUGAAGCUGAAAUGAAAGACAUCGCAUUUUAUUCCUUCAACAUGAGUGUGAUAAAGCUGUUUGAAAUAUGACUGCAUGAUUGAAGUGGACUGAUGUGUUGAAAUAAAUGUCACAAUUGAAAUUUAAAGAAA